UAGCGCUCGCAGUUCUUCACGCCAGUCGCGGGAGUUUGUAGAGACGGUAAGGACGCGUCCGACGGCCUGGAGAGGCUAGGUGACUUCCGGUUGACUUUCGCGAACGUCGUUUUCAAAAUAAGAAAACGGCCUCUUAAACAAUUUUGAGGGUUGUCGUUGCGAUAAUGACCUGACAAAUGAAGACCGCCGUCUUUUUCUACCCCAAAAUCUCCUUUUGUGCAGGUUGUCCAUAUGCAUUUUUAAGCCUUCAAGUCACUUGGGCUUAAGGCUGGGUGGGCGGAGUCACUGACAGGUCACCUCUGUUGAUUCAGCUGAGAACCCAACACUAUGGAGAGGGCCCUGCUCAAACAGAACCAGCUGUGUGGCCCAUGGGAAAUUAAGGAGAAGCUGGGGACAGGGGGGUUUGGCCAAGUUUACCUGUACCAACACCUAGAGACUUCAGAGAAGAUCGCUGUGAAACUUUGUCGCCUGGAGCUGAACUCCAAGAAUAAAGUCCGCUGGAGCAGGGAGAUCCAGAUCAUGAAGAAGCUAAACCAUGUAAAUGUAGUUCGAGCCAGGGAAGUCCCAGAGGAGAUGAACUCCAUUGCUCUGAAUGACCUACCGCUGCUAGCCAUGGAGUACUGCUGCAAAGGAGAUCUGCGCAAGAUGCUGAACAAGCCAGAAAAUUGCUGUGGCCUAAAAGAGAGCGAAGUCCUCUCGCUGCUCAGUGACAUUGGCUCGGGUAUCCAAUAUCUCCAUAAAAAUAAGAUUAUCCACAGAGACCUCAAGCCAGAGAACAUAGUGCUGCAGGAGAUGGAUGGGAAGCUGGUCCAUAAAAUCAUAGACCUGGGUUAUGCCAAGGACUUAGAUCAGGGCAGUCUCUGUACGUCCUUUGUCGGGACUCUGCAGUAUCUGGCUCCAGAGCUUUAUGAGAGCGAACCCUACACCGUUACUGUGGACUACUGGAGCUUCGGGACGAUGCUGUUUGAGUGCACCUGUGGUUUCCGUCCCUUUUUGCACCACAUGCCGCCUGUGCAGUGGACAAGUAAAGUGAAGAACAAAGCUCCUGAGGAUAUCAUGGCAGUAGAAGACAUGAAUGGAGAAGUCAGAUUCUCUACACAUCUGCCCUACCCCCACAAUCUCAGCAGGCCACUGCUGGAGCCAGUGGAGUCCCUCCUGCAGAUGCUGUUAGUGUGGGACCCUGUGACUCGUGGCGGAGGCCUGGACUCCGACUCAAACCAGCCCAGCUGCUACGCCGCCCUACAGAAUAUUCUCAACAUGAAGGUGAUUCACGUGUUGGACAUGACGUCGGCUCAGCUGCACUCGCUGGUCUUGGAUCCGGAGGAGGGCUUACACUCUCUGCAGCAGCGUCUGGAGACACACACUCACACACACAUACCGCCGCUCAGCCAGGAACUGCUGCUGGAGUCGGGGAUCUCCCUCGACCCACGCCGACCACCGGCACACUGCCUUCCAGACGGACUGCGGGGCUGGGACAGCUCCAUCAUCUACCUCUUCGAUAAGAGCUUGACCAAGUACUCCGGACCGCUGACCGCCAGACCCCUGCCAGACAGCGUCAACUUUAUAGUGAGGGAGACGAAGACCCAGCUGCCCCUGGCUGCACUCAGGAAGGUGUGGGGGGAAGCAGUUAGCUACAUUUGCGGGCUGAAAGAUGACUACAUACGCCUGUACCAGGGACAACGGGCUGCAAUGCUGAGUCUGCUGCGUUACAACACCAACCUAACGCGGUACAAGAACCUGCUCUUCUCCCAGUCUCAGCAGCUCCGGGCCAAGCUGGCGUUCUUCAAGACGAGCAUCCACCACGACCUGGACCAGUACAGAGAGCAGAUGCACACGGGCAUUUCCUCCGAAAAGAUGCUGAAGACCUGGCAGGAAAACGAGGAGAAGGCGGCCGAGUUUGCACAGGUGGCGGAGGUGGGGUAUCUGGACGAGGAGAUCGUGUCUCUGCAUUCGGCGAUCGUGGAGCUACAGAGAAGUCCCUUCGCCAGGAGACAAGGAGACGUCUUGGAGCAGUUGGAGGUGAGGGCCAUCGAACUCUACAAGCAAAUGAAGGCUAAAUGCAAAAGUCCUGACCCGCCACAUGGCUACAGUGAUAGCUUAGAGAUGGUGAAGGCCAUCCUGCAAACUGUUCAGAACCAGGACAGGGUGUUGAAAGAUCUGUACACUCAUCUCAGUACUAUUCUGGUGUGUAAGCAACGCAUCGUUGAUUUGUUCCCCAAGUUAGAGAGGGCGGUAGAGAACAUAAAAGCCGCAGAGGCGGCAGUGAUGCAGAUGCAAAUGAAGAGACAGCGAGAAUUUUGGUACCUGCUGAAGGUCACUUGUGCACACUCUCCGACACCGAGAUCUCUUCUGGGUCCCACUGAUGUCGGGUCGAUACAUCACUUACUGGAGGAGAAUCAGCGUUAUCUGGGUCAGCUGACCGCCCUGCUGCAAGAAACCACCCAGGAUAUGCAGCACAGUGUCAUGGAUGAGGACUGGAGUUGGACGCGACAUGGAUCGGAGCAAACCCAACCUCAGAAGCUGUAGACACCGAUGGGAGGGCUCUGCGAGGGCGGGCCAGGCGUAAUAAGCCAAAUGUACUGACGAGUGCCUCACUGACAUCACACUCGCUGGAAGCGUUGACGUCCCGCACGGUGUCAGCUUUCACAGUGACGUA